GUUACUUCGCAGCAACUGUAAUCACGCCAGACAUCUCGUCUGCCCGUUAAAAAUAAUAAAUUACGCAUAGUAAUCAGAAAAUAUUAGUUUCAUUUAAAUGAAUACUUGCUAAAGAUGUUUAUUAUUAUUGUCAAUGUUUUAGAGGAGAAAAUUAUGAUGAAACUUCGUAUAUUUUUUUUCAACACAUUCUGCUUACCCUAUCCUAAAUCUCUGUGCACGCCGCCGGGUCUGCCGUCUACUGUGUUCUUCGUACGCUAAUAAACGUGUAACAACUCGUUAAUUCUCGGCUACCAACUAAUUUAACGCCGCACUAAAACUCAUUAAUCUCGGUCGUUGCGUUGUCGAUGCUGAGACUCACAAUGUUGUCUCGUACCGUGUUUCUAAGCGCGUUGUCCGUCGUCUUUUGCGACAUCUUCAACGGGGCUAUCGAGAGGAAAAUAAACGCCACGUUGAAAACUACAAAUACAUCGGACACGGCUCUGCUGCUCGAUAUCGACACGUUCGUGAGUUAUAAUGGACUGAGGAGUGGUGAUAGCUUCCUCAACUCCUCCAUCUCGGAGUAUCCACCGGCGAACUCGACAAAGGGAAGUUUGAGAAUUUAUCCGGUAUACUUUCCGCCUAAACUAGAGCCCCAGAAAAAUAAAAUGCUGGAUUUGAUGAGACAAGCCAUAUACACCACCCAAGAGAGGAUGGAGAACCUUAUUCCGAUAUUGAGAAGAUAUGAGAACGAUGCUAGCUUCAGGAUGGCUUUCAUCUUUAACAGUUGUUGUUUCAGACUAAGGCAGAUCUUGAUAGACAUGCGUCGUGUGUACACGCUGGCCUGGAGGUCCAAGAAGAAGACGUCACCCAAGGUCAUGAGGGUCUACGAACAAAUCUUCUGGUACGCACACAUCGUGAAGAAGUACUUCGACGUCCUCUACAUCGUGGAGUACGUCAUCGCGUUCCACGAGGAGAACGCCAAAGUGCUUUUAUGAUAAACCGUACAAAACAAAUGA